UAUUUUAUAAAUUUGCUAGUCUAGCUAAAACCACUCAACGCUGGGACCAUGAAUUUUGUAUUUUGCAGCAUGUGUGUACACUCUACCGUAUGUACUGCUUUAUGCCUGAACGCCUCAUUCCACGGAUGUGUUUUUAUCUGGAAGAACAAAACAAGCUCGACAACGUCAACAAACAUGAGUUGUUUUACACGUCAGUUAGAUACUCUACGUGGCGUUUUCUGUAAAGUCAUAAGAAUCAAAAGCGUGAAAUAGGCCUACUUUAUUUUGUGGGUGUUGAAUUUGAUAUAGUGUGAAACGAGAAGAAAAUGUGUGGUGAGAAUAAGAAAACAAUGCGGGCACUUAUUCUAGUUGGAGGUUAUGGCACCCGUCUGCGCCCUCUCACCCUUAGCAGACCUAAACCGCUCGUCGAAUUCGCAAACAAACCAAUACUGAUGCAUCAGAUGGAGGCUCUGGUGGCGGCAGGGGUGUCGCAGAUUGUCUUAGCAGUCUCUUACCGCGCAGAAGAAAUGGAGAAAGAGUUAAGUGAACAAGCACAGAGAUUAGGCGUUAAGUUGAUAUUUUCUCACGAGACAGAACCGUUAGGGACAGCAGGACCUCUCGCUCUGGCCAAAGAUAUCCUCUCUGCCAGCGAGGAGCCGUUUUUCGUGCUGAAUUCGGACGUAAUUUGUGAUUUUCCUUUCAAAGAGCUUAUGGAGUUCCACCAAAACCAUGGCAGAGAAGGAACAAUAGUGGUUGCUAAAGUUGAAGAACCUUCCAAGUAUGGUGUGGUCGUGUACGGCGAGAAUGGCUGCAUAAACAGUUUCAUAGAGAAGCCUCAGGAAUAUGUGUCCAACAAAAUAAACGCUGGUAUGUACAUUUUCAAUCCCACCAUUCUCCGUCGCAUCCAGCUGAGACCGAUGAGCAUAGAGAAAGAAGUCUUCCCUGACAUGGCUCGUGACGGGGACCUCUAUGCCAUGGAGCUGAAGGGAUUCUGGAUGGAUGUUGGCCAGCCUAAAGACUUCCUGACAGGCAUGUCGCUGUACCUGGCGUCGCUGCGCCAGAGGGACCCCUCGGCGCUGCACGCGGGCGCCGGCGUGGUGGGCAACGUGCUGGUGGACCCCACGGCGCGCAUCGGCCGGGGCUGCCGCGUGGGCCCCAACGUGACGGUGGGGCCCGGCGUCACGCUGGAGGACGGGGCCUGCGUGAAACGCACCACCCUGCUGGCGGGCGCCACGGUGCGCUCCCACUCGUGGCUGGACGGCUGCAUCGUGGGCUGGCGCAGCGUGGUGGGGCGCUGGGUGCGCAUGGAGAACACCACGGUGCUGGGCGAGGACGUCAUCGUGCAGGACGAGCUGUACAUCAACGGGGGCCAGGUGCUGCCGCACAAGUCCAUCGCCAGCUCCGUGCCCGAGCCCAGGAUCAUCAUGUAGCCCCGCUGAUACAUACCUGUAGUUCCCACGUGUCCAAGUGUAUCUCUUCAUCCUGAUGGCAUGAUCCUGCGAUACGUGAUUUUCGCCAUUUAAAUUUAGUACAUCCGAAGAUCCUGGACAUAUCGCACACCGACAAUAAUAGGGCCACAUCUAAAAACAAAAACUAAAUUUUACAGGAGAGUGAAUAAAUGAAAGUUUAUUCUUAGCCUCAGCAAUCGGGAAGUGCAUAAUGUCCGCACUGUUUCUAUGGCACAAGUCAAAAUAUGGCCAUGGUGUAUUCCAAACCCACCCUCAGCUGUACGAAUAAUAAAGGCCGCAUGUCAACAUGUGGCUGUAUUAUUCUGAUUUCUGUUUUACAAAUUUAAAAUGUAAUAAGGACAUAUCUCAUCUCAGGUGAAUAUUUAUUGUACUACAUAUAUGGCCUUGUUAUACCGAAUAGAUAUGGCCAUAGACAUUACAAAUAUACAAAAAUGUAAAAAAACAUUUUUUUUUUUUGAGAUGUGGCUCUAUUAUUCUCGGUGUACGAUAUUAAGAACUUGGGAAAUGGCAAUGAAUUAUGAUCGUAACUUGAAUACGAUAAUAAAUAAUUUCCACAAGGCCUUACCAUAAUGUGUUUGUAUUGUAUGAAAUAUUCAAUCUUUUGGUUGGCCAGGAUCUCUUGGUAUACUAAAUUAAAGUAGUGAUAUAUACAUGAUCAUGCCAUCAGAAUCUAGGGAUAAACUUUGGAUACGGGACAUGGAACAACUACCCAAAGUUUAUAUAUAUUCAAAUAUGGAUGAAACAUGCCAUUUGUCAAAAAUCACUCAUAAUAAUUCAUUUCUAUGUAUUUUACAUUGUGAAGAUUUUUUAAAGAAGUUGAUGAUAAAAAACAUUUUAGUACAUAUGUUGCAUUAUGUGUUGCAUAUUUCAAAUUUUUAUGCAGUGUCAUAAUCCAGAUUUUUAUUGAAUUUUGUUAUUGUUACCUUGACAAUAUGUAUGUUUAUUUUUGUAACCAUAUACCUAGUAAUGUAGACUGUGGGUUGCAUUGAAUUUUUUUUGUAGUUAAAAAAUAUAUAUGUAUAUUUUAAUGUUUAUUUUUUAUUUUCUAGGUGUAUUAAAGCAAAUAUUGCCAUUUUCUUUGCUAAACCAAUAUAGAUUAUAAUAGGCAACAUGCAUUUUAUAUUAAAAAAUUAUUUUGUGAUUUUAUGUUAGUUAAGUCAGAAACAAAGUUAUUUUACACCAAGAAAAGUAUUUUAAAGCGCUCGUACAGAAUGAAGUCAGUCUGGUUGUUUCAGCAGGCACAUUGAGAGAAGUUGUUCUGCAUUCCUCCCAAAGAAGUUACAUUCAAUCAUCACCAUUAUAAAUACUUAUUACAUCCUAAACUUAAAUUUUGAUCAAAGUAAUUGCUUAACUUUUAAUUAGGUCUAUAAAAAUUUAUGAUAAUAAUAAUAUAUAAAAAGUAAUUAGAAAUGUUUUGGAUUCAAAAUUAUUUAUUUUUUUUCAUUUAUAUUAUUACGAGUUGGAAAAUAGGUUCGGAAAGGAUUGCAAAAUUAAUUAAAUGCAGUUUUAUUUGUUAUUAAUAAUUACAACACUUAAAAUACCGGUCCACAAAUUAAUUACUCUAUUUUUUAGUCUUCAUUUUUACUCUCCCCACUGGAGCUUGGCUGAACAGUGGUUCUCUCUACCGCUCGUCUCUUACCUCGCACACCUGUCCCGGCACACUUGUCUUCCACUACUCUCAUUCGUCCGCGCCGCGACACAGUGUUCGAUACACCAGUCUCCGCUCACGAAGCGUGUCGCUUGUAGUCCGGUUAUCGCUCGCUAAGGGGUCACCGGCCUCUACACACUUCACUCUCCACUCCACUGGCUCGGAGGCUGGUGCCGUCGCUUUUUUACCCCUCGGAUCCCCGUCGGGAAUGGUGUUGCGCCCCUUUUGACGUGUCGCGUCAUGAGGGUCCGCCCGACGCUCGAAGCUUCCAGAACAGUGGCGUCCCGCGGAAGCCCGCAGAACCCUGCAGAUGGACGGCUCAGGAAGGAGGGUAGCGAGGCCGGGUCGCUAAUCCCCUGAAGAAUGUUCCGCGUGUCACUACGCCCCACCUGGGGCCCCACAGGUCAGUUGAUUGCCAGCAGGCUCACUGGCAUACCUCACGGUCCCGCCUUGUGUAUGCCGGCAACAAUAUUUUCCAACUCUGUUAGUUGUGUUUUUAAUUUUUUUUUAAUGUUUUAUAAAUUGAGAUGGCAUUUCAAAUGGCAAAUUUUGUUCCAGAGUUGUUAUCGAGCGUAAAGACAAUUUUUUUUAGAAUCUGUUUUUAGGAAAUAUUGUACAAACAUGUUGCAUUUCUCCAGUUAUUUUUAUCACCAUCAGUAUUUAAAUAUUUGAGUGACAUUGUAAAGAAAUGCAAUGUAUUACAGAAAAAUUAUAAGCUAAAAGUAUUUUGGGAUUGCAAACAUUUUAAAAAUUGAGUUACUGGUAAUAAUGCUGGGUGUAAUGAUGUACAUGCUAAAAAUUUUCCACAGAUUCUUUUUUAAAAAUAACACGGACUAUGAAACUACUUGUCUUCAAAUAAUUUGGUAUGUAUUGGUAAAGUGUUAAUAUUUUUAACUGAAUGUAAUUUUAUGACUUUGUCACGUAACCAGCAAACUUUAAUGUACUUUUAAGCUCGAUAAAUAUAUCUUAAAAUAAGAUUUUAAUGUUGCUUAUUACAUGUACAAUUUUAUUAUUUUAAAGAUUAUGUAUGUGGCUUAACACAGGUACAUACAUAUAAAAAAUGUUAGCAUUGUUCAUAUUAUGUUAAUGACAAACACUUUUUCCCCGUAAAGCAAAUUUAACCAAUGUAUUUGUGAAUUCUCGCACAUAUAUUUUUUUUAAUGCUCAAUCAUACUUCUUUGUUCACUUAAAAAAAAAAUGGAAUCAUUUUAUUUGUAUGUUUGUAUGUAUUAUGCAAGCUGUGUGCCUAGUCUUGGAAAGAUAGUUCUGAUAAAAUAUUUAGACUUUGUUGUAAUAUUUGUGUGGUGUAUUGUGUUGAUUUUAUUUAAAUCCUCCUAGCAAGGGCAGGCCAGACGUCUUGUAAGCUGUCAGCGAGGAGGUGAGGAAGGUGGGAGGUAAGCGGGACAGAAGGGCAAGUGGGAUGCAGCUGGGUUCAACAAUAUGUGUUCUACCCCAGGGGAAAAUCUGUACAAUUUCCAGGGAGGCCCCAUGGAAUUACGUUUGUCAUUCUCGUGUUACAGUUACGAUUGUGCAAGUGCAAGCACCCUGGGGGGCCCCUGACCUCUCUGUCCCAGUGGAUUUAUGCCCGUUUCGUACCCAUUCAAAAUAUUUUGACCAUGUAGAGCUUAGUGAGCAAUACGUAGCUACAUGCACCAGGGUCAUUUCGAUUAUUGAUUUUCCGAGAACAGUUGAUAUUUAACCGGGUCGUGCCGAAUCUGCACUAUUUGCUUCCGUAGAGCUCCUACUACUUGGCUCUGUUGGUCCGUUCCAAGAAACGCGUUUCUAUCAAACUAUUGAGCCCAGCUCGCAAGAUGUUUGACUUGCAAUAUACUUUCUUUUUUUUUUCUGUAAACAACAUAAUGUUGGUCAUACCAGAGUAUUAUUUCCAUAAGCCUAACUGAAGUUUUCAUUGCAUGCUGUAGUUUCUCACUUCUAUAGAAGACUUUUUUUUAUUUGCCCUUGCUUGCUUAUUGAUAUUAAAAAUUUAUAACUGUUUAGUUAAAAUAUUAGUUUUAAGUUAAUAAACCAAAACCGGUGUUGUAGAGGGUUAUGAAAUUAGCAUAUUGUUAAGGACACUUAAAAACAUUCUUUCUUCAGUAUUGGAUUUAUUUAUGACUGGUCUUGAUGUGUUGUUGGCUUUUUAUAAGCAUGGUCAUGAUCACAGGGGUGGGCAGUUAAAGGCUGAAGGGGCAAAUUAUUUGAUAAGAUUAAAUGGAAGGUGAGAUUUUUACAUGUGUUUUGGUCCCUUGUGCAGUAAAUAGCAUUAUGCAUGCUUCCUAAUGGAUUUUUCAUUUGUCUACUCACAUUUUGUUUCCUUCUCUGAAGUGUAUUGCUGUGAGUAGCGAAGAGUUAUCUGUUAUUGGCAACACUAAAUUCUUCUUUUUUCAUAGUUUCUGGAGGCAUUAAAAUAAGCAUGGCUCAUUUUAUAAGUUUGUCACUGGGUGUAAAAAAUAAUUUUGCCCCCUCAUUGAUGUGAGCCUCUGAGUAACCACAUCCAAUUCAUUUAGUCACUUACUAUUAAAUAUUUCACUUCAGUGAACACUGUGAAGGCGAAUACUAUAUUUUUCAGGGAUUAAUAUGCACUAUCAGGGUGUGUGCGUCAGCUGCAACUGAACUUAACAAGCAAACUGUAAAAGUCUUUAAAAUCGUUAAGUGUUAGUCUAUGCCAUGACGUCAUUAGAGUUUAACUGUAAGUGUAGAGAUAAGAAGAUAAUGACAAGUGCAAAAAGAAUUAGCUAUCAAAUUUCUUGCUGAAAAUACAAAUGGCAUCAGCAGCGUUCUAUGUCAUAUUUGAGCGUUAGCAUGCUUCUGCAUUCGUAUAUUUGUACAAAUUCUUAUGCACUCGCAUACUUGUAUACUCUCAUGUUUACUUGUAUACUUGCACACUUGUUCAUGUGUUUUCAAAUAUUUGUGUAUCCUAUACAAAUUUCCCAUCUGGGAAGUUCCAUUUGUGAAGCACAUGGGAGUCUCGUGCUUAUUUUCUUUUUUAUUUAUUUGUUAUGGCCAGCAAUUACAUCAUUUUUACACAAGUCUGCAAAAAAUGAAUUUCUAAUGAGUUCAAUAGAGCUGCAUUGAGUGAAUGGGAUUUUGGAUUUCAGCAUAAAGUGUAUUUAUUUUCUCAUCACUAACAAUUACGUACAGUAAAAUCUCAAUUUUGAAAAAUCUUAACCAUUACUAUUCUCCCCAAACAUGUUGCGUAGCAUCUCAGCUUAUUGCACUCAUGUAUUUCACUCUUUCUGAAGUAACAUCGUCAUCAUCAAUAAACUUGUUUGUCUCAAGUCCUUUAUGUUACAAUCUUAUAGAUCUCAUCACAGUUUGUCCUCCAUAAUCAAUUUCCUAUAUUCUGUAAUAGCAUCUAUAUUGAACUGCAGCUAUCCACAGUCUUUCUUUUGAUUUUGAGUCCUUUGUGUUUUUGUUUGCUCGUUAGUAAUUUCUUUGUCAUUUUCUUCUCACCGAGUUCAACCCUGCAUUCUUGGAUCCUUGGCAUGAGGACAAGCACCAUAUGUGGUAGCAUCUGUCUUGGUGGGGGGGAGUAGCAGAGACUGUGUAGGUACUCCAUGAUAUCAUGAUAUCUGCGAUAGACGUGAGGCCACCAGGGAUCACAAAAAGUUGGUAACGGGUUACAAACAGCUUUCGAAACAAGGCGUGGAUCCAGAAAGAACAAACCAAACACAUGACAGGACCAAGUUGUAACAGCAUACAUCAUAUGAACAAGCAUUUUGUAUUUACAAAUUGAGUUUUCACAGUGUUACUAAAAUAAAGGAAUACGUGCAUUUAAGUUUACAGCUGUUCAAAUUCACCUGAAGUAUAUACUUGCAAGUACUUGUCCCCAGAGAUGUCCAAACUGAAAGUAUAAUAAAUAUGCAGGUAUGCAAGUAAAUGAAACUGUGCUUCCACGUAAAGAAAUAUCACCUUUUUAACAUCAAAUAAUUUUCACUUUACAUGUUACCAGGAUUUACAUAUUUAACGAAAAAAUUAAUUUUAACAUGUUUAUAACAAAGUUUCAACAAGUACGUGCACAUUUACCAAUCGUACCUUACGAAACAAAUGUCAAAACGUAAGUAGACUGCCAUAAAUUCACUGUAAAAUUGUAACUUUAGGCCUAAAUUGUUUACUGGGGUUAAAUUUAUUUAUGGUAAAAAUUAAGUUAACAACCUGUUUAGCUGGCUAAUGCCACGUAUCGAGUCAGAAAAUGUUAUCUGUCCGAACUGCUGACGUACACAACAAGUAUGUGGGGUCACAAGAUUAUAGCUGAGUACUUGAACUAACGGCCUGUGUUGGGCACAGCAUACUAACAUAUGCAGUCUCGUAGUAACCCUUGGAAUAAGCAUGGAUUGCAAUAUGAAAAGUUCACUUCAUGGUUGUAAGUCUGAAGGUCUCGCAUGUAGGCAUUCAUGCGUCCAAUGACUGAGUGAUGUACCUCUGUAGUUGGAUGUGAGACUUCUUGCAAAAAUUGUAGUGUCUAAUAGAAAAUCAGCAAGGUUUUUUGGUAAUUUUAACAAUUGUAGCUUUUGAGAUCUCAAUGAACCCCGAGUCUUUCGAGAUACUACUGUUAUGCCUUUUGGAAAAUUGUCUCAGAGUGAUGCAUAAAAAUGCCUAAUUUAAUCAAAAGAGGUAAAUAUGGUAAUAAAUAGGCUGAAAUAUCAUUCCAAUGAUUAUGUUGACUCUGCCCCAAAUAAAAUUUAUAGGGGUAUUGACCAAGAUAAUUCAUACAACUAUAGAAAUUAAUUAUUUUAUCAUAUAUAUUUAUGAGUUUUUGUGUAUUUGUUUUAAGUGUUAUUAUGUAUAAAAAUAUUCUAAGUGUGUUUGAUAUGUGGUUUAUCAGAAAUACAAUAUGGUUCUCAGUGGUUGGGGAUGAUUUAUCAUAUGUUACAGAUUGUAACGCAAGCUAUUUAUGCAAAGUAUAUUCUCCUAUCUGCAUUUUGAUGAUAUCUUCUUAUUAUUGAACAAUAUGUGUUUCUCUGAUUGUAGUUAAAUGGUUUUGUGUUAUUAAUAAAGAAGUACGUAAUUUGUUUUUGUUGUGAAAA